AUGGCCACUGGUAGGUACUCUCUUGGGUCAAAUGAGGCUUUAGGUGUCAACUCCAACUAUGCUAACAGUGGGCUGGGAAAAAUGGAACGGCCAGUGGGUAACUUGGGGGCUGAGGAGAAGACAGAGAGGGGUGAAGGCAGCAAAGCAAUAGAGCUACUGACCUCUGAUGGUGGAAGGAAGAGAAAGAGGUCCUGCUUUAGUGAGGAAGAGGUCCUCAUCAUGACCAACAUGACUGAUGCAUUCAACCAUGUAGCCAAUGCACUUAGGGAGACUGGCCCAGCUCAUGUAGAUGUAGAUCUAUACCAUGCUGUGAUGGAUAUGCCUAGCUUCACUAAGGAGGCUCUGAUUGUUGCUUUCUCCCACCUGCUGGACCACAAGGCCCAGGGCACUGCCUAUGUCAACAUGGUUGACAGGCACAGGGUCCUUUGGCUUAGGACUUUCCUUGCCAAGAACUACUACAUGUAG